AAAAAAAUGUAACAAACUUGGCAAAAGGGAUAUAGGGCCAAAGGGAAGAGAGAGGAAGGCUUGGUUGUGAGUGGAGUGCCCUAGUCACACGAAUGCUAGAGACUGGUUAUCUGCUCGCAAGAUUGACCAAGGAAAUAAUUGAAACAUACCAAAUAUGCAAUCCGGAGUUCAAGUAUUCUGAAGAGCUAAAUCCAAAAAGAUAUUUGACCAGCCCGUCAGUUGGAGUGCUUAAUGAUGGCUUUGAUAAUGUUAACUCAGAUCUUAUAUUGACAGUGAACUUUGUCUUGGUCAAUUUUGAGAGAAAUAGAAGAUAUCUUGUCAAAGAUGUCCUUGGCCAUGGGACAUUUGGACAAGUGGCUAAGUGUUGGGUUUCAGAUACCAGCAGCUAUGUUGCUGUGAAGAUCAUCAAAAAUCAACCUGCAUACUAUCAACAGGCAUUGGUUGAAGUAUCUAUUUUGAAUACGUUAAACAAGAAGUAUGAUCCUGAGGAUAAGCAUCACAUUGUUCGUAUAUAUGAUUACUUUUUAUAUCAACGGCAUUUGUGUAUAUGCUUCGAACUUUUGGACACAAACUUGUAUGAGCUUAUCAAGUUGAACAAUUUUAGGGGGUUAUCUUUGAGUAUUGUUCAGUUGUUCUCUAAGCAGAUAUUACAUGGAUUAGCUCUAUUAAAAGAUGCUGGCAUCAUUCACUGUGAUCUGAAGCCAGAAAACAUUCUUCUAUGUACAAGUGUGAAGCCAGCAGAAGUCAAGAUUAUUGACUUUGGAUCGGCAUGCAUGGAAGACCGUACUGUCUACUCCUAUAUUCAGAGUCGAUAUUAUAGGUCUCCUGAGGUUCUUCUUGGAUAUCAAUACACAACAGCUAUUGAUAUGUGGUCCUUUGGGUGCAUAGUGGCUGAAUUGUUUCUUGGAUUACCAUUAUUUCCUGGUGCUUCUGAAUUUGAUCUUUUGAGGAGGAUGAUUGAAAUUCUUGGGGGACAACCGCCUGAUUAUGUACUGAGGGAGGCCAAAAACACUGGUAAAUUUUUCAAGUGUAUUGGGAAUCUCCAGAAUGGAGAGAACAGCGAGAUUCCAUCACAUGGAAGAAGUUCUUAUCAAGCAUUGACUGAGGAAGAAUAUGAAGCUAGAGAAUUGAAGAAGCCAUCAAUUGGGAAAGAGUAUUUCAAUCAUAUGAAUCUUGAAGAAAUUGUUACCCACUAUCCCUAUAGGAAAAACUUGCCGGAGGAAGAUAUUCUUAGAGAGAGUCAAAUACGAUUGGCAUUAAUUGAUUUUUUGAGAGGGCUAGUUGAAUUUGAUCCUGCAAAGCGCUGGUCACCCUUCCAGGCUUCAAGGCACCCUUUUGUGACAGGGGAACCUUUUACCCAUCCUUAUGAGCCUCCUCCAGAAACCCCUCGUGUGGCGGUUGUUCAAGCUGUCAAAGUGGAUCAUCACCCUGGUGGAGGGCACUGGUUUGCUGCUGGUUUAUCACCUAAUGUUCCUAGCAAAAGUAGGCCUUCACUAUAUAGCAGCUUGCAUUUCCAGAUGGUGCAAUAUCCACCUGCUAACAGCUACGGCAGUGUGGGAAGCCAUGGUAGCUAUAAUGAUAGUGUUGGGCUUGUUGGAAGUAGCUAUGGAAGUUAUGGAGAAAGCAGCAGUAACAUGUUUGCAUACUGUUCGCCUGUUGGUCCAUCUGGUAUUCAUUUGCUUGGUCAUGGCAGUACCUCAAUGCUUGGAAAUAGUCCUGAUGCAAGGAGAAGGGUUGUUCCAUACCAGGCAGGGAGUGCUCGAGGCAUAAGCCCAUCUGCUGGAACUUUCACCCAUUUGCCCCUUGGUGCGAGUCCCUCACAAUUUACUCCUCAGUCCUAUACACAAGUUUCAGCAAGCUCUCCUGGACACUAUGGACCUACUUCUCCUGCAAGAGGCACUUCUCAUGGAUCACCGUUGGGGAAGACAUCUACCAUUAGCCAGUUAAUGAAGAAAAAAUGGGGAUGUUCUGGAAGUCAUCAAACUCAAGAUAUAACAUUUUCUCCACAUUGGCAAGUUCACUGUCCUACAGCUCCAUCUAUGGUGAAGGAACAGCUCAAUUUCUUAGCAGCUCGCCAUCUUAUCUGCAAUCAAAUUGAUGAUGCUGCAAGCCGGAAGCAGCGCGGAGGUGGAAACUAA